CUUCUUCAUUCUACCAGGAUACCACCCCCCGCUCUCUGUGGUUAUAUCAUGUCGAGAAAAUGCAUGAAUAGCAUGCAAUCGGUGUCACUCACUGUUCGAUCAAGGGGUGUCCCUCAUGGCUUGCAACGCUUCUGACUAAGCUCUCGUGGCUCCCUAACGUCGCUGCACGUAUAAUAUGCAGCUGAAUACACUUCAGCUGCCUGUUCUAGUUUUCUGGGGAAACAUGUGCGUGGCUGCAAAGCAAUGUGAUGGGCGGAUGCGUGGUGUGGGACGUUGGCUCUGCGCGGUACUUCACUUGACCGGUCAACCACGAGGGGAUCCUGGAGAUGGCCCACUACUCUUUGGCUCCGGCUCGUUCUUCGCCUCAAGCCUCGAUGAUCAUCCCCCACAUCAAAGGGCAAGAUCUCCAAUCCGAUACUUCAGCCUCAAUCGCGAGGGAGGCUUAGCCCAGCUAAUCACCACCCUGUCAGCGAGUUUAGGCACCUCGGGUCGACGACAUGCAUCCCUGUGCAUACAUGCCUCAUGCUAUCACCUCAGGUAGAUAGCUACUUCAAGGCAUGGCUCACCGACAAGUCUGUCGACUAACGGGAAGUUUAUUCCAGCAAAUGGGGUUCAUCCCGAGUUUCGAUAACGGUUGCAUUGUGAUACAAACAAGCUUGCAGGUCUAGCAGGUUUCCGCUCCAAUGGGUCCAACCAGCUUCACCGCGAGCCGAAAUCAUACUCAAGCCCUUGCAAAAGGAAGUAAUACUGAUGGCAUUGCGGGACUUGUCGGGGCUUUCAACGGCUGAAUGAAGCCGGUUAUGCCUCACAGAAGCCGUCAAAGACAAGUUGUGAACUGUGUCUGAGUGACUGAGACUUUUGGGAGAUAAGAAACGAUAACACUGUUAAAAAAUGUGAAAGCUGGG